AGUGGCUAUCCACGUCACAAAGCCACAUUAACCCAAGAGAUAUUGGCUUAUAUUUCCUUCAUUUUAUUUUAAUUAGAGUUUACACUGUAUUUUAUUAAUCUCAGUGUGCAGAUCAGUUGACGUCAGAAAAUGACGAUGAAUGUGGAUGAAGAGGUGGAGCGUCUCAAGGAAGAGAUCAAACGUCUUGCGGAGCCCCGCCCAGAUGGAUCUUAUGUAGUUAAAUUUGGCGUCCUGUUUAAUGAUGAUAGGUGUGCAAAUAUUUUUGAAGCACUAGUGGGCACUCUAAGAGCAGCAAAGAAACGGAAAAUUCUAACAUAUGAUGGAGAGCUUUUGUUGCAGGGUGUACAUGACAAUGUUGAAAUUGUACUUUUGAAACCCCCAACUCAAGCAGUUAAUUGACAAGCUGUGGGGGUAGUAUGAUGGCUGGAUAAAGGGUAUUUAAACAAUAUUAUUCCUGUAUCUAAAUUAAAAAUCGUAUUGUUGGGUUAUUAUAAUUCUUUCAAGGAUUUGAGCUGGCUAUCAUGGGUUAUCUUUACUAUCAAGUCACAUAUUUUAUGUGUCAUUAUAUUUUCCCAAGGUUAUUGAUAAUACAAUUGUUAUCUGUAUGUUAUAUUGAAAUAUUUUUCCAAUGGAAUAAACAAAGGUCCUUUUUUCAUUA